AUGUCUCUUCCCUGCCUCAGGUCCAUGAAUCCCAGGGCUUUGUCCCUUUUUCUGGUGGGUUUGAGCUUCUUGGCCCUGCACCUCUGGUUCCUCCAAGCCUCCGGGUCCCAAAGGGAGAAGGCGUGGGAUGAUUCUCCAGAGGCUCCCCCUGUUGCCCUUGCGGCUGUGCAGCCAUGGGCAUUCAGUUCAGAGUCCCGAGGUGUGGUCAACGACUCGGUCAACGCCAUGGUCGAAUUCGACUUCGAGCAGCUCCCCGCGUGCAUCGCAAUCCAAGACUUCCUGCAGUGCCGCCACUGCCGCCACUUUCCCCUGCUCUGGGACGCGCAGACCAAGUGCAUGGGCUACCGCGCGCUGCUGCGGGCGGUCAAGUCGUGGCCCGCCAGCCACCCAUGGCGCGAGCUCAUCCGCCGCACGUGGGGGCAGGGGCGCUGCCCCUUCCUGCUGGUCCCUGGGGCCCAGCAGGCCGAGAGCGCCGGGCGGCUGGCGGCGCUGGCGGCACUGGAGGCGCACGAGCACAGCGACACGCUGCAGCGGGCCUUCCGCCACACCUUCCUCACCACGCUCCAGCACCUGCUCUACUGCCCCGCCGAGCGCCGGCCGCGCGCACGCUUCCGGCUCAGCCGCGGCGACGACGUCUCCGCGCACACCGCCGACGUGCUCCGCUUCCUGCAGACGCGGCAACCGGGCCGCCCCCUCCUCGCCGGGCAGCUCCUGGCCCGCUCGGUGCCGGUCCGCGACGGCUGCAGCAAGUCCUUUGCGCCCCCGCGGCUCUACUCCCGGCAGGCCUACCGGCUCCCAGCCCUGCGCGAGGCUGCCCGCCACAGCCCGCUCUUCCCCAGGGAUGCCUACAGGGGCACGUGUCUGAAGCGCGAGCCCGGCGCCCGGCAGUCCUCCUUCCACCCCUGCCUGCGCCGCGAGCUGCGGCCUGUGCACAGCUGUGCGCCCUAUGAGAUGCUGCUCAUGUGGAAGGCGCCGCUCGAGCCGGGGGUGAGCUGGACCCGGGUCCUGAGGACCAGCAGGAGGGGCUUGUAACAGACAAGAAAACCAGAAUGCUGAGGCCAGGAGUGGACACCUUCCUUAUUUACAAGAAAGUCUGACUUCUGUGCUUUGACAAAUUCCUCCUGUUUUCCUGACAAGCAGAUGGACUAUCCCACCCCCCCUUUACAAGUAAAGAGAUUAAGACUCAGGAAAUUUAUAGCUCAGAAGGGUUAGAACUCUGUAGUUAUGGGCCUGCUGUGUCACUCUG